AUGGAUACGAUUCGGGAGAUUUUCUUUGGCAUGUCGGACGAGAAAGUGCUGAUACCAAUCAACGCAAGCGGAAUCCACUGGUGCUGCAUCAUGAUCGACCUAACCAAGAACGACGUGCGAGUAGUAGCCGAGAUGCUAGUAGCGAUAAUUCCUGACGCACGGGUCAAGCGCUACAGAAUCCGCAGGGUAGACGGCGAUCUCGGUAUCCAGUUCGACAGCUAUAACUGCGGCAUUUACGUGCUCGUGUCGUUCGAGCUAUUUGUCAGGGAGGAGCGUACGGGAGCACUGGAUAAGGAUCUCUUGAAGUGCCUCCGAUACAGGUAUCUCUGCAUGUGCAUGUAA